AGCUCUUGAUUGAAUUGUUUUCAUUGACGUAAGCCGAAGUGUUUGAAGAGAGAUUUGGUUAGUCCCAGACUUCCAGGGACAUAUUAAUCGCCUGAUAUUUGAAGAUAAAGGACGCACUUGUUCAAAUCAGCCUUUCAUAACUCUUUCUGAAGGUAAGUUUACUUUUUAGCACAUGUACACACAUAUGGCGGGGAUGUUAAAACAUUCCGGCUAAAAUCUCUCACGAGGAAAUAUUCAGUUUACCGUAUAUUUCAUUGGCAAACAGCAGCCAAACCCUAUUUCGGUGUGAGACUAUUUAUGAUACAGCCUGUGUAGUACCUCAUUACUUGGACAUCUUCCGCACAUUUAUCCAGCUUGAUUUCUUUUUUAUUCGCACAGUAUACUGAGCCCUCAAAGGUUUACGAAAAUCAUGUUCAUUUAAUUAUUUAUCUUCAGCGUGCACAGCGAUAGGACAGCAACAGGCAGAAAACUAUUUACUGUUGCUGUGUUAAUCACCUGAAUUUUUGUUGCUUCUUCUGUUUAAUUCUCUAAUAGAAUAACUGUUUGUUCCAUGACUAUUACAAGAUUUUGCGGUCUAGAAUUGGUGUUUUUACGCCUCUUUGCAGUAAACUACGUGAAGCACCUCAUGGCCAGGACAAUAUUGGUAGUUGAAAAUAGUUUAUUAGUCUUGUACAGCGACCAACAAAAUUCCAAUAAUUUUCCAACACUUUUGUUAGGGCUAUUUUCUAUCCGGUUUUAUUUAGAGAAACUUACCGAAUGUUACAGAGAAAAAAAUAUGUUACUGACUGGCCUUCGCAAACUGACAACCCAGACUACGCGGGAUCUCUGUGACUAGUGACAUGAAGGCUGUGGUGAAAUGAAAACAUUUGGUAUAAUCUGAGUAAAAAACGGGCAUGGAGUUCGAAACUCAAAAUAAUGUACAACAUGUUCCUUAUGAAAACGCCGCGCUGGUGAGUUUAUUAGUCGAGUGUAUAAGGAGCGAGAGAGGUUUUAGGACAUUUUUGCUUAAACCUCGGGUGUUAUCAGGGAAACAAUUACUGGGGGUAACCACGGACAAACUGGCCCCAAUCUUAAUUUGGUUGACAACAAUCAUUUAUAAGAUUUCUGUCCCUGCUUUUGUUUAACUGGAAGCCUUAACUUCUUCAACACCGUUCUCAAAAGUACGCUAAUCGUAAAAUCCACGUCGUUGGUUGACGCUUCGUAACGUAAUUGGUAACGCUUGUGGAAUACAUUAGUGUGGGAAAUACUUAGAAAAUUCACUCACUCGUUACAGUUUUCCACCAUCUUCGAGAAUAACUCGGAUACCUAGGCCUCUUUUAAAUGCCUUUUCACAGGCUCAAUCGGCGCAUUUGAGAUGAGCUAUUUGUUUCUAUCUUGUAGGAUGCUGACCGUAGUGGUACAUGCUCAGUUCAUUAUUUUCAAAGGCAAAACAAAUGAAAAUGCAGUCGAUCAUCUCUGUGGCUGCCGUUUUGAUCAAUUUUUGUCCAUCAUAAGUUUGAAAAACGCGGAGAACACAGGCAAGAAGAAGGAAGUCAAGGGAGAAAUAUCAUUAGGAUUUGCUUCAUUUUUGGUCAAAACGGUACGAAAAUUAUUAAUAGCUAGGCAAUUUUGCUUAUUCAAGAAAUAAGCUUAAAAACACCACUGGAGAUGGAAGAGAGAGCAAGUUGUAUUAGAAUUUACCGUUUUUUUCCCCGACGCAAGGGUCAAAUUUAGGAACAGUACUAGACUGCCCGAUCUUUUAAGGUUGAAAUAGCUUGAAAGGCUCGCGGACGCGCUUUGGCUUUUGACUUUUAAAAGUUAUGCUUAUGAUACGGAAACCGGGAAAAACCGGGUUAACUCCGGCGGUAUGGAGCACAUGGCCCGGCCAUACUUAUCAAAGGAGUUGGAUCGUUUGGUAUGAGAAAAAUGUACCUAAAGGUACCAUAAAUUAGAUACAUACAUAACUACAUAACUUUUAUUUCAGUGUCUAAAAGACACUAAAUGAAUAAGUACAUCGAUAAUAAAGCGGAUCGUUAAAUAUGUAAAACUGAAUUAUCUACAGCAGAGAAAAUAUAUUCCGACGGCCACUUUUUAUAACGUCAUUUGUCUUAUCCAAGACACUAUUCUAAACGCGCGGUAAAAAUGAUAACUACCCUCCUUGUUUACUGCAUUUUUUUGUUUUUUACUCAGGGCAAUGAACGAAGAACGCGGAUACGUCAACCGCAUACAUCCACAGAGCGAGGCCAACCUGAUCUCUUUCCUCCUCUUCUGGUGGACAAACGAUUUGUUCAAAACUGGAAACCAGCGUCCCUUGCAACAAGCCGACUUCUGGCCACUGCAUGAAGAAGACCAAACGUCUCUACAGACAAAACGGCUGCAGUCACAGUGGAGUAAAGAUUUGAACGAGGGUAGUCUUUCAGGAAAAGAACCAAGACUAUGGAAAAGUGCAAUGAAAGUUCUAUCCCGCAAAGACCUGAGCAUAAUUUCUUUUGCCGGGCUGUUGGACUCAGUGGGUCGAUUUCUUCAGCCAUUUUUCGUGGGAGUUUUCAUUUCUACACUUAUGUCCGACACGCCGGGGCGAGGCUUGCUUUGUGGCUGUGCUGCAUUGAUGCUGUUGAUUGUGUUGAUGAAGAGUAUUGCUGUACAUCACAGCAGCUUUAAACUGUACGUGAUUGGGAUGCGAAUGAAGGCCUCCCUUAAAGGUGUCAUCUUCAAGAAGAUAUUGGUCCUUGGUCAGAACACGCUCAACGAGUUUACAAAGGGACACGUGAUUGAUCUGGUAUCCAAUGAUGUUCAAAGAAUGGAACAAGCUGCCAGGCAGUUCUUUCGCCUCCUUGUCGCCAUCUUUGAUGUCUGUGUGGCUGUUCCGUUGUUAUGGUACUUCACUGGUUGGCAGCCGCUCAUUGGAAUCAUUUUUUUGUUUCUUCUCGUCCCAUUUGGUGGCUUUCUGUCAUACCUGUCUGGAAAGCUUCGACAGAAGACCGCUGUCAUAUCCGAUCGGCGAAUAAAUCUCAUGACCGAGAUGGUGGCUGGAAUACGUGAAGUAAAGACGCAUGCGUGGGAGUGGUUCUUUAGAGAUCAGAUAAAGGAGACUAGAAGGGUUGAGAUGAGAAUAAUUCGCCGCAAGAGUAUUCUUUUGUCAUGUGCAAUAUCUCUGAUGUAUUCCUCAGGACUUGUUGCCACUUUUAUUUCUAUUUUGACGCUUGCCUUUAGUGGAUAUCCCUUAACGCCGUUCGUCGUCUUUACCCUGUUAUCGCUUAUUAAUGUCCUCCGAAACAGCGCUUUGAGAUCAAUAGGAGAAGGAUCACAGUUUAUCUACGAAGCAUACGUAUCAUUUGCUAGAAUAGAGGAAUUUUUGCUGCUGCCAAAUGCCCAUUGCACGACAGAUAACAAACCUGCAACCAAUGCUAGUGGCAAUACAUUGCUAGGCAAAAAGUGUUCUGAGACUGAAAGGAUUGACAAUGCUGAUAAAUUCUUACACUUCAGCGAAGCUCUGAAGGAAUCUCACAGCGUGACCAAGGAUGCAGAUAUUCUAGGUAACAAAAACCGAGGAUACGGGUCUUUCGGAAUAACAAAUCGGGGACUCAGCCAAGAAGACGAACAACUCGAAACAACAGCAGAUGCCAAAUGGCCAUACAAAGGCAAAAGAAUUACGUUAACCAACUUAACAUACAAGCGAGAUGGCCAAUACGUUUCAUUGAAGUCAAUCAACUUUGAAGACGAGGAUGACAAUUUUGUUAUUAUAACUGGUCCAGUGGGAAGUGGAAAAUCAACGUUUCUGUCAGUAAUUGCGGGUCAGAUACCAGUUACUGAAGGGAAUAUCCAAUGCUGUGGUACCAUCGCUUACGUGCCACAGACGCCUUGGGUUUUCUCUGGAACACUGAGAGAGAACAUUCUUUUCGGUCGGCCAUUUGAUUUCGAUAAGUACAUCCGAACCAUCAGAGCUUGCGCUUUAGAAGACGACGUUGAAGGAUUUCCUGAUAAGGACCAGGUUAUUGUUGGAGAACGAGGCGAGACGUUGAGCGGCGGUCAGCAGGUUCGCAUCAGUUUGGCACGCGCAGUGUAUGCCGACUGUGAUAUUUACCUGUUGGACAAUCCACUCGCCGCACUCGACAUGAAUGUCAGCAAUCACAUCCUUAAAUAUUGCAUACUUGGCUUGUUGUCAAACAAAGUUCGUCUAAUGGUUUCUCACCAAGAGUCACACAUGAAACUUGCAGAUCAAGUGAUUGUCUUGCACAACGGCUCAAUGAUCGAUAAAGGGACGUUUAUGGAACUUAAUGAAAAAGAGACACUAAAAGAAAUUCUAGGGCCGUACAACAAUGCAGUCCAAGAGAAAAAAUUGUUCCAGGAACAAAUGCCAACCAGUAAGGCACAUUGUUCUGAUAAAAAGACGAUCAAAAGUAUGGAGAUUCCAGACGAGGAUCGGGUUAUCGGAGCAGUGUCCUUCAAGCUGUACUGGGAGUACCUAACUGCAGGGGUGCACCCCAUCGCUUUAGCUGGCUUGCUUUUCAUCUUCCUUCUUUGUCAAGGAGUUAUGGUUACACCCGAUCUGUGGCUUUCCUUCCUAACAACACUCCCUCGCAACGACCAAACGGACAUGACGAAUGUUGGCAUCUACGUCAGUUGUGUGGCGGCGGCUGUUCUUCUUACAACAUUACGCGCCUAUGCGUUCUUCCUGGUGGUACUGAAAUCUUCAGAACACCUGCACAACGACAUGGUGACAGCCAUCCUAAAAGCAUCGGUUCUGUUUUUUGAUUCAAAUCCAAUUGGAAGAAUCCUCAAUCGAUUCUCUAUAGACAUUGGCUGUAUGGACGAAGUUUUACCCAAGACGUUCCUCUUUGCAGUGCAAAUAGUGUUGUUUGUGUUAAGUGCAGCACUUCUUCCCCUGGUUGCCAAUGCGUGGCUUGCAGCAGUUGUUGUACCGCUUAUCUUAUUGUAUGUGUACAUUGCAAGAUACUUCAUGAGGACAUCAAGAGAACUUAAGAGACUAGAGUGCGUGUGCCGCAGUCCUGUGCUGACACAGAUCUCCGAAACCCUGGACGGAUUAGACACCAUUCGAUCCCGUGGAAGACAGAAGGAAUUUGCUGACCUCUUUUUCAGAUACCAAGACACUCAUAGCCGUGUAUACUACAUGGUAUUGGCUGGAACUCGAUGGCUGGGGAUAAGAUUAGAUCUCCUCUCUGCUCUGUUAGUUGGUGCAGUGGCUUUAGUCGCAGCACUGCAUUCUCAUAAUAGUGCACUGGUUGGCCUCGCUUUUGUCUACGUAAUCGAAACUUCUCACUUUACCCAGGUGUCUGUUCAACAGUCCUCAGAGGUCGAGAAUUUAAUGACGUCAGUAGAACGAGUGAUGGCAAUUACUAAACUUGAAUCUGAGCCAGGAUACCAGAAAACAGCACAGCGGCCUGAACAGUGGCCAACGAAUGGAAAAAUAACCUUUACUGGAGUGUCGCUGAGAUAUUACCCAGAAGGACCAAUAGUACUUAAAAAUCUGAAUUUGAAUAUCGAUGGACAGUCCAAAAUUGGAAUUGUGGGUAGAACUGGAGCUGGAAAAUCAAGUAUCAUAGCUGCUAUUCUGCGCAUGCCCGAAGCUAGUGGAAAAAUCACAAUAGAUGGAGUGGAGGUAAACGAUUUGAACGUUCAAGAAUCUCGGAAAUGCAUCUCUGUCCUUAACCAAAGCCCUGUUGUGUUCAGUGGGUCCCUGAGAAAGAAUCUUGAUCCACUGGGAAAACACAGUGAUGUUGAAUUGUGGGAUGCACUAGAAACAGUCCAACUGAAGCCAUUGGUGGAAACCUUGCAAGGGAAGCUGGAUUGCAUAUUGAACUAUAGAGGAAUGAAUCUAAGUGCAGGCGAAAAACAGUUGAUUUGUCUCGCUCGUGUUCUCUUGCAGGAGAGUAAAAUAGUCAUCUUGGAUGAGCCGACUGCUCAUGUAGAUCCCAAAACCGAACAAAUCAUACACGAAACAAUCCAAGAAAAACUGAAAAACUCAACAGUGAUCACAAUCGCACAUCGACUCAAAACCAUAGAAGACUGUGAUAAGAUUGUACAGCUUAGAGAUGGCCAGUUGAUAACUGAGUCGACUGGCGAUUUCUUACUUAAUGAUGGGUUAUAAAAAAGCCGUUUUCUAAGAUAUUUUAUAGGAGAGCACCGAAAAAAGGAAAAGCUUCUUAUUUAAAACUUUUAUUCAAUAGGUACUUUCUACGGUAAACUCUGUCAAGUCAAAAAUUUAUUAUUUAAAUAACCUUCGACAACUAUUUAUCUUCUGUAAAGCUAGUGUUAGUGUCCACGGAUUGCAUUUUAAUGAAGGCUUUUAGGCCAAAUAAACUGUAUAAUAAUUGAACGAUGAUAUUCCAGACUUUCUUAAUAUUCAUAAAGUAGCUAUAAAAGCUGCAAAGAUCUCCCUGUCUUUAAUUCCCUGCCGACCUCAGUUAACACAUGUCCUUAAAUUCCGCGUAUCACACAUCAGUUAAGUCACCGGGAGUUUCAGUCAUAAACUCACGAGGAUCACUCCUAAACCUGUUUACUCAGCAGGAAACAAAAGCACGAAAAGAGGGCUAUUCUAUCGAACAAAACCGGCAUUACAACCCGCGAAAGCCCGGGUUAAGUAACUAUGACCCA